AGGUUUAAAGCUAGGUCAUGAAUCGGGCCGAACUGCUUUGCUCCUUUCUUCCCUGAACCCUAAAACCUGCGAUAAUCACCUCAGUCUCCAGUCAGUUUUCCUUCUUUCUUUGUCUGUCAUUUUCUUUAAGAGACAUUUUUUGUUCUUUGGAAAAAGUAAUGGCCGCUAGAAAGAAAAACCUGCAGCUGCUGCUUUCUCUUAUACAAAAACGAUGUCUCCAAACAUCAUCUGCUGAUGCUCUACUUCCACCCACCAGGACCACCACCAACACCAAUGCUUCAUCUUCAUCAUCAUUUGAUGUUCAUUUCCUCAUGAAUUCAUGUGGGCUUUCCUCAAAAUCUGCCCUUUCAGUUUCCCACAAGCUCCACCUCCAACAAAAUAAGCUCCAAAAACCACAAUCUGUGCUCCUCUUCUUGAAAUCUCACGGAUUUGACGAUUCCCACAUCGCCCAAUUAAUUGAAAAGCGACCCAAAAUCCUCCAUAGCGGAGUAGACGACACUUUGAAGCCCAAAUUCGACUUCUUCGUUAAAAAUGGUUUCACGGGUAAGCUUCUGCCUCAGCUUAUCGCCUCCGAUCCGAAUAUUUUGUCAGCGGCUGUAGAUUCUCAUCUUAAACCAUGUUUUGAGCUUCUCAAGUUAUUUCUGGGCAGUCCUGACAGAAUUGUAGUUGCCUUAAAGCGUGCGCCUUUUUUAAUGUCUUUUAGUUUCAAGGGUGCUGUGCAGCCAAAUAUUGAGUUGUUGAUAAAAGAGGGAAUGCAUGUUGAUAGGGUUGCAAAACUACUAAGUUUGCAUGCAAGAGUGAUACUGGUUAAGCAUGAUAGGAUGGUUUAUGCAGUGAAUGCUUUGAAGAAUUUGGGUGUUGAACCCAAGACUCCUGUGUUUCUACAUGCUGCUAAGGUAAUGUUAUCCAUAAGUAAGUCGAAUUGGAGGAAGAAAAUUGAGGUUAUGAAGAGCCUUGGAUGGAGUGAAGAGGAGAUUAUUGUGGCUUUUAAACGAUACCCUUAUCUAUUAGCAUGCUCAGAGGAGAAAAUCAGAAAAUCGUUGGAUUUCUUUGUGAAUACUUUAAAGUUAGAACCACAAGCUAUAAUUACAUGUCCCGAGUAUUUGUCAUAUUCGGUUGAUAGAAGGCUUCGUCCCAGGCAUAAUGUUUUGAAGGUUUUGGUGUCAAAGAAGCUGGUUAAAGAAGAUGAGAAGAUUGUGCGGGCAGUAACCCGCAUUAGUGAUAGAGAUUUCCUUGAAAAGUAUGUUACUAAAUAUGCAGACAAGGUGACAGGUUUAUUGGAAAUAUAUGGUGGUAUCAGCAAGGCAAAAAAGAUGGAAUCUUGAUGGCAGACUAAGUUUACUUCUGCAAUGCAUUGUAAUAAUAUGUACCGGUUGUCUAAAUUGAUUUUCCUUUGCUCCUGAAUUAAGAGAUGGUUAAAUUGUUCAAAUAUGGCGUUGUAGAUUUUGGCACUGCUAACUUCAGUAGUUGUUUCUCUCGAACUGGUUCAGUUAAGUUCAUUGUUAUUUAAGUUUCUCGUAGGUUAAAUUAUGUUGUCUCCCAUGCUCUGUUUCAUUGAAUUGGAAGGAUGUGGUGGGUGUUGCAGUUUCAUUGGAUUCUCUAUGACUCUUACGCCACUUCCCAUUUCUGCACUUCUAUCCAUAUCUUAAGGCGGUUGAGAAGCUACGUAGUUUGUUUUUUGGCUUGAGGAAUUCCAGAGAUGCUGAGGACAGAAACUCUUUGCCUAGAAUUCAGUGCCUUCUACCUACAGCAUAAUUUUGAGCUCAUUGCAAACUUCUACUUAUGUAAAGAAAGGAAUUUAAGAAUGGAACUCAGCCUAACUAUCCCGUAACUGAAAGAAAUGCAGCAACCAUGGCGCAACAGCUGCUGUUGAGGAAGAUCUUGUUAGGGACAUCAUUCAUUCUGUUCGGCUUGGACUACUUGGGAGUUGGAAUUCGCAGAAGAUCUCAUGAUAGAAUUUUCAGCUAGCAAAAGGCAAUUUAGUUCUACACACUGUUUAUGUGAAGCUCUCAAUUUAGUACUAUCACUAGAACCAUCCACUGAUGCAAGAAAGUUAACUCUCAACAGUUCCUCGAGUUUGAACACAUGCCACCUCUAUUUAACAGACGGGCCUUUAUGUGCUGCCAGUCCUCCUUAGCAUGUCUCCUUGCACACCUUUUUGUUUGCAGCAACUCAUUUUUGUCCUUAGCAUAGCCAGUGUUUCCUCUGCUUGAAACUGCAUCUCUUCUGCCAAUCCUUCCAUGCUGUUUUGCUUGAACACAUGCCAACGCCUUUGCCAUGCAGAUCCAUCAACAGUCUUUGAACCAAACCCUUUCGUUAGUGUUUUCUAUUUUUUGUAAUAUCUACUAUUAAAAGAAAAUUGUAUAUAUAUAUAUAUAUAAAGAUUCGUUGCAAAUCAAGACAAGUUCAAUUUCCUAA